AUGUCCCUGAAAGUCAAUGCUACGAGCGAGCCUUUCGCCGACCUCCCCCCGAUCUGCGCAACUCUGUUUGAAGCAAAGGCCAAGAAAGGCGCGUUCGGGUACUUUAAGGAUGCUCGAGUUACCUUCGAGGAUAUCGCUAAAGCCAUCGGUCGCGACGAGGUCUGGGUCGCGGCAAUGUUUUACGGUCAGGGAAUUAUGCCGCAGGCGAAACUCUCGGCGGAUGAACUCGCUUCCCUGGCACAGUUCCUCAACAUCCCGGCGGAGAGCGUGAAAGCCGACAUCGGUGCAGAGUGGUGGCCGCGCCGUGGACUUGGCCCUAUGCCUCCCACAGACCCUGUACUUUAUCGAUUGUACGAGGGCGUAAUGGUUUACGGGAAUGCUAUCAAGGCGAUUAUACACGAGAAAUUCGGAGACGGUAUCAUGUCCAUGAUCGAUUGCAAGGUGAACAUUGAACGCAAGCCUGAUCCCAAAGGUGACCGAGUGAUCCUCACGUUUGAUGGGAAAUUCUUACCUUAUUUGAAGUGGUGA